UCAAACAGCAAUUUUUGCUAUGUGUGAAACACCCAUGUGUUGUUCUGAAUUGACAUUCUUACCAUAAUCGAAAUUUUGUUAUCGGCUAUUAUGAGUGUGGGAUUUCUGGGAGCGAAUAUUUGUAAACAUUUGUUUUCGCGAAGAAGUUUAAACAUGGUCAUAAAAGCGGCCCUGAUUGAUUUAAGUGGCACCCUACAUAUAGAAAAUGAGCCGACUCCGGAUGCUGUAAACGCAUUAAAAAGGUUGCGCGAUACGGAUAUUCAGAUAAAAUUUGUAACUAAUACUACAAAGGAAUCUAGAAAAACACUUCAUGAGCGAUUACGGAAAAUUGGAUUUGAAUUGGAAGCACAUGAAAUUUUUAGUUCAUUAAGUGCUGCUGCGAAUUACGUUGAGAAGGAGAAACUUAACCCACUGUACUUGUUAAGUGAAGACGCGAAAUCAGAUUUUCGUGCCUCAGAUCCUAAUCUUGAACUGGAUUCAGUGGUAGUUGGAUUAGCUCCAAGUGAAUUCUACUAUGAAAAUUUGAAUAAAGCGUUUAAUUUACUUAUGACCAACAAGAAUAACCGACUUGUAGCCAUACACCAAGGUAAAUACUACAAAAGAGCCGAUGGUCUAGCCUUAGGUCCAGGAGCGUUUGUUAAAGGGCUGGAAUAUGCAGCGGCAGUAAAUUCUGUACUUAUAGGAAAACCCAAUGAAUAUUUUUUUAAAAGUGCCAUUCCUGAGGGUAUAUGUCCGGAAGAAUGUGUUAUGAUUGGAGAUGAUCAGAUUGACGACAUUGCUGGUGCAAUGAAGAUAGGACUUAAAGGAAUUCAAGUAAAAACAGGAAAAUAUUUACCAAACAUUACAGUUCCUGAUCAACCAACAGUCAUAGUAGAAAACUUUUCAAAAGCAGUGGACUGGAUAAUAAAAACUAAUUUAAAAUAAACUAAAAAUGCAAACAAUCUCAAUACAAAUUUGAAUUACUCACAUUACAUAUAAAAUUUAAUUACUAAAAUUUUAGUUUAGGGGUUUAAUUCAUAUAGUUAAAAUUAGUUAUUUUGCUUUGUUUUUAUAAUUCAAUAAUAUAUUUAUAUUAAGGUUGACACGAAGGUUGCCAAUACCCACCCAACACCGAACAUUAGAGACCCUUUGAAAUAUGUAUAUUACAUAUAUAAAUUAGUAGCGUAAUUUGCUGAGUUUAUUUAGCCGUGACGGUCUGUAUGUACGCGAACUAGUCAUGCAGUUUAUUUAUAUAUCGAUCUGAAAAUUUACUCACCUGCUUUUCUCAAGAAAAUGCUCAUUUCCCGGAAUUUCUGAUAUUGGAUGUGGGAACUGUGGGCUAUAGCUGCAAUACAAACUGAUCGAUCACCGAUCCAAACUCAGCAUUUUAAAGUAAAACUUUUUUAUUUGAUAAGAUAUAUUCCUUAAAUUUUAUGCAUAUUAUUUUGCAAGGCAUCGCUACAUUCUUCGAACAAUCUUUCAAAUCGGAACCAUAUAGCUGUCAUUCAAACUGAUCGAUCAAAAUCAAGAUAAAUAUAUUUCUUUUUUACUAAGUAUCCUUAAUUCGACUUGAAGUGUGUUUAUAUCUAAAAAUUUUGCUAGAAAAAACUAAAACCUUUCUGUUGGGUUCAAACUUCUGACCGGUUAUGUUGCCCAAGCGAGGGCUUUUAUUUUUAAGGCUGAGAUCUCUUUUUGAAUCGGGGCUGGAUGAUCGUAUAUUUGCUUUAUAUCCAUUUCUAUUAUUCGUUUACUAUAAGCAAAUACAUGAAAAACUACAUCUUUUACUUUCGAAUGUUGGUAUAAGAAAGGCAUAUGUUUAUUAAAUGCAAAAGCCAAAAAAUAAAAUAUUUGAAAUAAAUUA